AUGGCACGAAGAAUUGGUAGACAAGAACUACCGGAAGGGCUCCGGGAGUCUAUGGAGGUUCGCCCUACGAGGAAGAAUAUUGGAGCCCAGGGCUCCCGUAUAUAUAUAUAUUAUGUAAAUUAUGGAAGUUCGGGCAAGAUGGGAAGAGGAAUGGGAUUCCUCUGUCUUGUGUUGAAUAAUGGAGUUCGGGACUCCCGUAUAUAUAUUAGUAGUAAGGGAAGUGCGGUAGCGCUUACUUGGUCAUUGGGUAAACGCAUGGUGCCAAGGCAUCAUGUGGUAGUAGUAUGGAUAGGAGAUCCGGUUAGGUGGCUCAAAGGAUGCGGCAAGGCAGGAGGAUGCGGCAGAUGCGGUAGAGGCUUUCCCAAGGUUAUGAAUGAAAAGCUCCAAUCUGAUUCAGACUUGGCUAUACUUGGCCCUUCUAAUUAUUUUUAUGAUUCUCCAAUGGAUAAGAGAAUUGGCUUCUCUGAAGCUGGUUCUUCCGGGAAAUUUAUGAGAAAGGGCAAGCCUAGGAAACGCCCCCAUAUGAGUAGAAAAAGACCUAAAGGUCUGGAAGGGAGUGAUCAAGCUGGAUCUACUGGGAAAAUCUAG